AUGACCUUUAUUGCUCGUACAGGUGCUCUCUUCAAUGCAUCUGUCGGUGGCCUUGUCAACAUGAUGCCAGCUCGAACGGGUUACCGUUCCUUCCUCUCGCUUACUGUCUUUUGCGUGCUAUUUGUUUUCGCCUUUGCCGAGUUUGAAUUUAAAGACGGGCCACCGGACGGCCGCAUCGCUUGGGAGUUUCAGGGCCUCAGGGACGAUGAGCUACGGUCGCAGGAGUCUAACCAACACUCUUUUGCAGAAAGGUAUCUUGAAGAGGCCAAAACGGUGACCACCAGCGUAUUCAAAAAUUUCAAGUCUACUUUCAAGAGACUCAAGGUUCCCAAUCCGCCAUACCAGAACCCGCACAUUUACGACGACCCUCGCGCCUCCGUCCAUUCCAGCGAAACCGCGAAAGCGGCUAAGAUCUAUCGCCCUUAUCCCGACUAUAAUAGUGAGGAAUGGAAACGCACUCAUCGAGGUGCCUUUGUCCCUUGUAUGGGUCCGCGAGGCAAGAAACUUGACGAGAGUUUGGAUGAUAGUGUCGGCGUUUACGUCGGUAUUCCAGAAGGCUUUCCGGAGCCCACCUUUGGUUCUUACGAUGUGAUUGGUGUCGACGGACAGCUCUCCUACGACCGAUACACCAGAUACGCCGCGUACGGAUACGGAGAAAAUGAAGCCACGACCGAUUGGAUUCGCCCUGCCAAAGUAGAGUGGGAUUCCGUCAAUUGGGGUCAACUGCAACAGGAAUGUGUUGAGGCAAAUGCUGGUCGAUACAAUCUCACAUCGAGCAACGACAAGAGCGGAUUGACUUCUUGGUUCAAGCGUCGGUCCCGACCGGCAAAUCUCAUCAACCCCGAUGCUAAGCCAGACAAGCGCACCGCCAUCUUGAUUCGCAGUUACACCGACAAGGAAUAUUCGGAAAAUGACAAGCAAGUCAUUCGUUCUAUGGUUCAGGAGUGGUCCCUUCAGUCUGGUGGCGAAUACGAGGUCUUCUUGCUCGUUCACGUCAAAGAUGACAGCAUCCCUAUUCAGGAAGCAGAGGCUUAUGACCGAGUGCUUCAAGACAACAUUCCUCCUGAAUUCUGGAAUAUGACAAUCUUGUGGAAUGUUCCUAUGGUUGGUGAGCGGUAUAACAAGCUCGAUCCCGCAGUAUUAAACGUUCACCAAUCCCAAUGGCUUCCUAUUCAACAUUUCGUCCUAGAGUAUCCUGAAUUUGACUUUGUGUGGAAUUGGGAAAUCGAUACUCGCUAUACUGGUCAUUUGUACGAGUUCAGUGAAGCAAUCGCCAGCUUUGGUCGUAAACAACCCCGUCGUGGUCUCUGGGAACGCAGCGAGCGCUUCUACCUCCCCGCUAUUCACGGCGGAUUUGACACUGAUUUCCGAGAGAUGGUAGCGGAGAAAGGCGGAUCUGGCGUCUGGGGUCGUCUGGGUUAUGAGAUGCAAGCAGAUAAACUGCCUACGCCUAAGGGUCCAUCUCCCCCUGUGCUACUACCAGAGGACGACAACUACGAAUGGGGUGUUGGCGAGGACGCCGAUUUCAUUGGAUUCCUGCCCGUUUUUAAUCCUUACCGCACUAAUUGGGUGCUUCGAGACGAUGUGUUCGGAUAUCUUGGUACGGAAACACCGCGACGAGCAACCAUCAUCACGCAUUCCCGUGUCUCAAGAAGAUUGGUUCUCGCCAUGGAUGACGAAAACAUGAACGGUCGCCACGUUGGCUCCGAGAUGAACCCUCAAACCGUGGGUUUGCUGCAUGGUUACAAGGUCACGUACGCGCCGCAUCCAAUUUGGUCGGAUAAGCCACUUGCUCCUCGUCGUAUGGAUCGAUGGUUCAACUCGGGCGUUAAUGGAAGGUCGGGAAGUUCAAUGGACAGCCCAUUCUCAUGGGGUCGUGAGCAACGAUUCAAGGACUUGUCGUGGUACUACCGUUGCAACAUCCCCGGUCGGUUGUACUGGAACUUACUUGGAUGGGAGAAGGAUACAACAGGAGGACCGGACUAUGAAAAGCGCUAUGGUCGCGUGGUGUUGCCGUCAAUGUUCUUUCAUCCGAUCAAGGAUGUGAGCCCCGAUUCCGAUAGCAUGAACUAUGAUCUUCCAAUUUAA